ACAGCUGGAGAUAUUAGUCCAAGCUUACUUCCCCUUUCCUGGCCUUCCCCAGCAGGCUGCAAGAGGGAUUUAGCGGGGAGAACAGUGACAUCUGCUGGCCAUUUUUUUACUAGCACAGGUUUGCUCAAACAAUGGGCCACUUGAAAACAGAGGAGCCUGUUUGUCUAAACAUCUCCGGAGUCUCACCACCCAGACAUGUUCCCAGUCCACCUCCACAUCCUAUACAGACAUCCUGGCAACUUAAUUCUAGCUGUGUGUGCAGAGCUGUGGGGAUAAGUGGGGAGGGACAUGUUGGGAGUUAAAAGGCUAUGGGGAAUAAGGAGAGGGAGUGGGGAGUCAGGGCAUUUACUAGGGGCCAGAAAAAAAGGAAGAAAGAGAGCCAGAUGAACUGGCAGAGCUCAGAAAGAGGGCAGUGGAAGGCCAAGGAGGCCACUGUGUGUCAAUGAGAGAGAGAGAUGGAUAGCAAGGGAUUUUGCAGAGCUUAUGUAUCUGAAUCCACAGUCUGGCUGAGUGCGAGGAGUGGGAAGCAACCGGGGCCACAUCUGGUAACACCAUCCAGUCCCUCCACUAUAGCACUCGCAUAGAAUCAUUUUUCUUCACAUUUGUCAUCUCCCUUCCUCCAUUCUCACUCUUCCCUGCACAGCGUGGGUGUGUAUGGGUGUGCAUACAUACAAACAAGUCCUCAAACCUGGGCUUUAAUCACCUUUACCCCGCACCUUUUCUCCUCAUUGCCUUCUUUCGCUCACCUCCAGGACAAGAUAAGGCAAAUCUCUCAUUCUCCCCACCCCAAACGUCUAGAAGACCAGCACAGAGAAAUGGGGCAGUGUAAAUCUAAGAAUCAAUGCUUUCAGCCCUUGUGAUUUUAUCACAGGUUUCAUUUGAACUCAGCACCCUAGCUCUGGCAUCCUCUGAUGAAGCAGAAAGCUGUGAAAGAGGACUGUCCUUGCACACAGCAACCCCAAAAUGAGUGAAAAGACCACCUUAAUUCCAGGAGAAAUACCAGCAUCAUCUGGUCCCACCACACCACGCAAGGGGCCUCCCAAGUUCAAGCAAAGACAGACAAGACAGUUCAAGAGCAAGCCUCCUAAGAAAGGAGUAAAAGGGUUUGGGGAUGAUAUUCCAGGCAUGGAGGGACUUGGAACAGAUAUCACAGUGAUCUGUCCAUGGGAGGCUUUCAGUCAUCUGGAACUGCAUGAGCUGGCCCAGUUUGGGAUCAUCUAAGUCACCAGAGUCACUGCUGGUCCUAGCAACUUCCGGUGUUUCAGAAAGGUCUUCAUCAAUGUUGACAUUUUUUUUUCAGCUCUUCCAUCCACCUGAUGACCUUUUAUUGAUGAUGUGUAGAAGGGACUUUGUGACACGGAGCUAAUUCUGAACAAUUCCUUCUCAGAUUAUCUUGGCUAGCAGUUAUCAAGGACCCUGAAUAACCAACAUGGUUCAUCAGAUGAACUUAGUGGGGUUAUUUAACUACAUCUGAAUGUUCUGUCUUCUCCCUGGUGUAUUCAACAUGUUUGCGAUAUCAGCCCUGUAUCUUAGGUUACUUCGUGUGUGGAUUUUUAUUCUGUAUCCCCCCAGCUGCUUGAGAUACUGUGUGUAUGUGUACUCUGUUUGAAAUCUUACUCUGUAUUGCCACUCUCUCAUUGACAGGUGAUGUUGUAUUAAGCUUUCUUAGAAUGUUCUCCCGUCCAGGGUUUCUCUGGACACAAGAAGUCCAACCAAUAUAAAGAUAUUCCAUGACAUCUGGGCCAGUUGUCCAUUAUUCUCAGGAAUGUGGAAUAGGUUUUAAGAGUCAUCUGUUCAGCCAUUGUAACAUCUUUCAAUAGAAAAGUGAACCUGGACUCUCUCCCUUGGAUAUCCAUAAGAAACCAUCAUUAAGAUUCAGUUCAUCAACAAGAGGAAAGAAGGGACUGGGAAUAUUGCAUCUACCCUGGAUUAAUCGACAGGUUAGUCAAGUAACCAUUAGAUUUCCGUUAUUACAGGAAGGACAAAUGAAAGCCUGAAUGUCCAAAAAUCACUAACCAGUUUAAGAAGAUAAAGUCAAACUGCAAUUUGUCACUUAACAGUGACAUACACUAUAGGAAGAAGAUUUGUUUUAUUCUUAUAAUCUGUCUGGGGAAAAGUUGCUUGGUCCCAAUUUUGGAUUUCACAAUAAGUUUAAUGAUCUCUCAUCAGUGGGAUUUUUUCCUUUCUUAAUUAGGAACAUGUCAAGAAGAGUCAAUAUUAUAGUAAUUUUUUAAAUCCAGACUGACAAUCCAUUGGAGAGAACACUCUUCUCUUUUCUAAAAUAGUGCCAUUCCCUGUCAGCAACUGCUGGGCCAUUAACAAAGUUCCUUCUUUAGAGUAUGGGUGAUUAAAAAUAAAUACAUUAAAAAGAGAUACUGAAAACAUUCCUCUUCUGAAUAUUAGACAGGCACAUUCCUUCUUACUAGCAGAGUACAGCUAAUAUGUCUCAUUCUUAAAGAGCCUAAAAUUAGCACUUUCCUUAACAUUCCCAUAUUUGGCUGAAUACCUGUUGUAUACAAAUUUUGGGUCACCUUUUCUUGUUCCUAUUUGUUUUAAAAUGUUUACAGAGGCACAGUUUGAAUAAAAGAAAUAAUACAUAAUUCAGAGAGA